AGCCAAAUAGUUGUCCCAAAGAAUUAUUCUUUCAAGUUUGAACCCUCUGUGUGUGUGUUUGUUUUCCUGAAACUCUCUGUGUCUCUGUUUAGAUGCCAAGAUUCAUAAGAAAAUAAACGAGGCUAUUAUUCGGUACAGCCAAAAAUAUAAGAAAAUAGAUUGAAAGAUCAAAGAUGUCUAGUAGUAGUGGGGCAUCAGAGGAUGCCAAGGUUCCCUUACUGGAUAAUUUGGCUUCAACAGUCCGAUCAAAUGAUGGACAGGAUGUUGAUGAUCAAGAACAAUAUCUUGCUAGGAGGUUUUGGAUUGAAUCAAAGAAGCUGUGGCACAUAGUGGGUCCUUCAAUCUUCAGUCGUAUGGCUUCCUACUGCAUGUUUGUCAUCACCCAAGCCUCUGCUGGUCACUUGGGUGACCUUGAACUCGCUGGAAUCUCCAUUGCCACUAAUGUCAUCGUUGGCUUCGACUUUGGCCUCUUGCUGGGAAUGGCAAGUGCCCUAGAGACAUUAUGUGGGCAAGCGUUUGGGGCCAAAAAGUAUUACAUGUUAGGUGUAUAUAUGCAGCGUUCAUGGAUCGUUUUGUUCGUGUGUUGUGUCCUGCUUUUGCCUCUCUAUCUAUGUGCUUCUCCGUUUUUGAAGCUAUUAGGACAGCCUCCAGAAGUGGCGGAGCUAUCGGGGCUGGUGGCUUUGUGGAUGAUACCACUUCAUUUUAGCUUUGCAUUUCAGUUCCCUCUGCAGAGGUUCUUGCAGAGCCAGAUGAAGACUGGGGUGAUUGCUUGGGUGUCUCUGCUUGCACUAGUGGUGCAUGUGAUUGUGAGUUGGCUGUUUGUGUAUAAACUUAAGCUCGGUGUGGUUGGUACUGCCGCUACUUUGAACUUUUCUUGGUGGGUUUUGGUGUUUGGGCUUCUCGCUUAUACUGUCUGUGGUGGAUGCCCCCUUACAUGGACUGGUUUCUCCGUUGAAGCAUUUUCUGGUCUCUGGGAGUUUGUCAAACUCUCUGUUGCUUCUGGUGUCAUGCUUUGCUUAGAGAAUUGGUAUUACAGAAUACUUUUACUGAUGACUGGGAAUUUGAAGAAUGCUGAGAUUGCAGUGGAUGCUUUGUCCAUAUGUAUGACCAUAAAUGGGUGGGAGAUGAUGAUUCCUCUAGCAUUUUUUGCUGCAACCGGAGUGAGGGUCUCAAAUGAACUUGGAGCUGGCAAUGGGAAAGGAGCUAAAUUUGCUACAUUAGUAUCGGUGGUGACAUCAAUUGUAAUUGGCCUCUUCUUCUGGUUAUUGAUAAUGUUUUUCCACAAUGAGCUUGCCUUGAUAUUCUCUUCAAGUAAACCUGUACUGGAAGAAGUGAACAAGCUUUCGAUCCUCUUAGCCUUCACAAUUCUUCUCAACAGUAUUCAACCAGUUCUCUCUGGCGUGGCUGUGGGAUCUGGAUGGCAAGCAUAUGUUGCAUACAUAAACUUAGGUUGCUACUAUCUGGUUGGGGUGCCGCUUGGAUUUUUCAUUGGAUGGGUCCUCCACCAAGGAGUUAUGGGAAUUUGGGCUGGAAUGAUUUUUGGUGGAACAGCUGUUCAAACCUUGAUAUUGGCCAUCAUUACCAUGCGAUGUGACUGGGAAAAAGAGGCUGAGAAAGCAAACGUGAACCUAAGGAAGUGGGCAGCUGACACAAAGCAAGAACAUUAAUAUGGUUUUAGAAAAGAAAAACAUACCGGAGUCGGUAACUAUAUAUAGCUAUUACUUCGACGCCAAAGAAGAGUCCAACCCAAUAAUUUGUUUCUGUCCUAGUUGAUCCCAAUUCGACAUUAGAAGUAUAUUAAUAUUUACCCAAUAACCGAAUAUGUUAGUGGAAUAAUGUGGCUGGUAUACAGUUCGAUUGCUUCCACGGUCUUUUGAAUUUCAUUGGCGUUGAAAAGCAGCCUUUAUAAUUAGCUCCAUUACUCAAUGAAAUUACAAGAGCUCUUAAUUA